AUGGCGCAAGCUUCCCAUCCAACACUUAUUAAUCUCCCACCCCCCGACUCCAAUCCAGAGACUCCAAAUGAGAUGCCGGGUACGCCUACAAGUACCACCACAUCCCUCAGUGCGCUCUCGACAACCGCUAUCAAGGAUGGCCACCGUGGUCAUCUCCCCAGUGGCCCGCUCGACCGUGGCCACCAGCAUAACCCCUCCACAACUAGCCUCGAAGCCGAACGGGCUGAUCGCAUUUCUCGACUUGCCGGCCUCGAACGCGUGUCCACACUCCGUGCGCCUCCCCAGGUCCAGACGGGCGGAUCUACUGGCGCUUCGUCACUGUCUCCCCAAACAACACCGACUUCGACCGGCUUCCCUCCCAACUAUCCCGCCACCCACCCAUUGACACCCGCCUACUUUGAUAACAAUGGCCAGCCAGUUGCUGUCACCAAGAUGAGCACUGUAGGGACCGCUAGUGCAACGGAGAGCCAUGUUGGCGAGGGUGAUGAUGUCAGAACAACAGCCGGCGAACGCGAUGAGGAUAUGUUCAGUACGGAUACAAACUACCGCGGUGCUGGUUCAGUAGCCAGCACAGCGCCGGAUCCUGAUGCUAUGGACGAAGAUCUGGACCGACUGGGUACCGCGUAUGAUGACCGGAUGAGUGAUGAUGGCUCUGCAUCCUUGGUCGGCUUUGGUGAAGGUGCUGGAAGCACCGUAUCCGGACCUAUUUACCAUCGACGACCCGUACCAGGCUCAGCAGCUUCAUGGAAUCUGGAGCGCACAAACUCCGGACUUAGUGAAUCUCGGAGGGAUCGCGAUACCCCGAUGGCAGGAGGUGGCGAGACCCCCGUCACCCAGGCAGCAAUCCAGGAACGCCGAGAUGCUCGGAUGAUAGACGGGGUUGCUGCUGAUCAUGCUCAAAAUCCGCGUGAGACUGAGCAAGGCGGCUUCGUCGAUACCACUUUCCGCGGACCUGUCCCCGAAACAAGAUCGCAUGACUAG